AUGGCCACUGGGGAAGUACAUGCCAAAACAAAUGUUCUAGCGAAUGCAAAAACGGACAUUGUGAUGAAGAAAGUUCUUCAUGCCGAUGCAGUCCGAACUAUAAAGGUGAAACAUGUGACCAGUGUGCAAAUGGAUGGUUUGGACAGACCUGUCAAUAUGAAUGUUCUAGGGAUUGUAAAAACGGAUAUUGUGAUAAGGAAAGUGCUGUAUGCCGAUGCAGUCCGAACUAUAAAGGUGAAACCUGUGACCAGUGUUCAAAUGGGCGGUUUGGAAAGACCUGUCAAUAUUGGUGUUCUAGAGCUUGCAAAAACGGACAUUGUGAUGAGGAAAGUGGUUUUUGCCGAUGCAGUCCCAACUUUAAAGGUGAAACCUGUGACCAGUGUUCGAAUGGACAAUUUGGUGAGAAAUGUGAGCACAAUUGCUCACUUGGCUGUGAAUUUGGUAAUUGCACGAGGGACACAGGCUUUUGUCCUUGUAAAAACUGAAACAAACGUGGAACAGCACACUCAGUCAAUUGCAGCUCUUUUAGGAGGAGUCUGCGGAGGCGUUGUAAUUUUUGUUGGCAUUGUGGUUAUUGGACAUUUUUUGCUUCGAAGAAGAAGAGAAAAUUUCAGCGAAAAGAAGAGCAAGCUAACAGAAAGAGAACCUGAGAACUUUUUCGCGUUGUACGCAACGGUGAUCGAAAGUGAAGACAGAGAUGAUAUAUCUCCACGGGAGAUCACAGUUGAGAAUGAAGAUAUUUAUUGCAAUAACGCAAAGGAAGUAGGCAAAUUCAAACUGACAGUGGCCGAUUUACCUGAAUAUGUACAAUACAUAUGUUUAAAGGAUCUUGAAGAAGAAUUUCAGAGAUUACCAUAUGGUCUCGUUAAACCCUAUGAAGUUUCACAAACGAGGCUUAACAUGCACAAAAAUAGAUACAAAGGAAUCUAUCCAUAUGAUGAUACGCGUGUUGUAGUACGCGGAGGAGACACAGACUAUAUCAAUGCUAGCUAUAUAGACGGUUUCAGGAAACGAAAUGCAUACAUAGCUGCUUUGGGUCCAAUGGCUAAGCAGCUGGGUGAUUUUGGCCAAUUCUGGAGAAUGAUCUGGCAGCAGAAAGUGGAGAAAAUUGUCAUGAUAACCAACUUGGUAGAGGGUGAGAAAACCAAUUGUGAGCAAUAUUGGCCUGAUAGUGGAGAAAAGAAAGUAUACGACGAUAUAAAAGUGGUGUGCAGGGUUGAAAAAGUGUACGCAGAUUUUAUUUGGAGACAGUUUACGUUUUCCCAGGAUGAACAGAAUUCCGAAGAAAGAAAUCUGCAUCACUUUCAGUUCACAGCUUGGUCAAACAAGGACACUCCUGAUGACGUCACAUCAAUUAUAGAGUUUAGACAAAAAGUGAACGCCUUGUCGACUACCAUUGACGGACCAGUGAUAGUUCAUUGCAGUGCUGGUGUAGGCAGAACCGGAACCUACAUAGCUCUGGACAUUCUGACUAACGAGGGUGAUGCAGAAGGAGCUAUAGAUAUCCCGGGAUGUGUUCUCAACAUGAGACAGAACAGGCCCAGCAUGAUUCAGACUUUGAGUCAAUACAAGUACCUACACCAGGCAUUGGUCCAUUCAUUGACUGUUGAUUGCUCGUUGAUAAAAAAAGAACACUUCCAUGCAUAUAUGACUAUGAUGUCGAGCAAACGGGCGAUACAGAGGCAGUUUGAGAAAAUGCAGUUGAAUCAGAAGCAAAAGUCUGAUGGGGAGGUUACGGAAAAGAAUUGGCUUCUGACAAAUAAUAACAGAAACCACGCAGCUAUACCAGGUGAUUCCAACAGACCGCGUCUUUAUCUGUUUUUGAAACCAGGCGAAUCUGAUUACAUUAAUGCGAUAUACAUCGACAGUUUAAAAACAAAAAACCGCUUCUUGGUUGCACAAACACCUCUGCCUGACACCGUUUCCGAUUUCAUUGCACUUGCUGUUCAGGAGAACUGUUCCUGUAUUGUUAGUAUGGAGGCACAGGGGAUUGGCUUAUACGUUCCUGGUGACAAUCUAUCAACGAAGAAAGGUGUGAUUUCCAUAGUUUCCACCAUAGAACAAAGUACACAACACUUUGUAAAAAGAAAGCUACAUUUUAAACACGACGGAAAGAACAAGUCGGAGUUGAGAAUACCACACUAUGAAUAUUUGGACUGGGGUAGAAAUCAAACUAGUCCGAAGUCGGCAGAAAACUUUGUUACCUUCAUCAAAGAGGUUGAAGACGCAUCCAAAUCAUCUCACAUGCACGGACCGAUACUGGUGCAUUGUAUGAACGGUGCUGGAAAGAGUGGCCUUUUAUGUGUUGUCUCGACAUUACUUGAAACACUUAGUGAAUAUAAUGAAGUCAGUGUGGUCAAUGCGGUGAGGAGAGUCAGAGCUAGACGACCGCUUUCAAUUCCAAAUGUGGAACAGUUUUACUUCUGCCACGAGUGUGUUCUCUAUUCCGUAAAUGCAACAGAUAACGCUGUGUAUUAAAACAAAAAUGUGAACAUGCAGAGGAAAUGAACACCGCAGACUAAUUUGGAGCACUGGCAAUCGGUUUAUUGCUUUGGCACGAACACAUGUAUAUAUACAAUAUAUAUAAAGAUAUGACAGCUACAUUAUCCACAAUUCGCAGACAUGGUGACACUUGCAAACGUAACAUGAUUGCAGUUCUGCAUAACCGUAAUCACAUACAAAAACUCUAGUAUUUCAUCUGUCAAUGUAAACAUUGUGUUGUAAAUAUCAUUGUAAAUAUUUGUAAACUUACUACUGUGGCUUUUUGUACCAUAUUGCAGAGUGUUUGAUUUGAUUAGAACGAUAUCCCAUAGGGAAGGCUUAAUAGGCAAGCUUACCGUGCGAUAGGUAGAAUUUGAUAACACAUAACGGUAUUUCAAUAUAUGCCCACCACUACCUGCAC